AGGGCCCGUUUGGAGCGGGAGAAUAGACUCUGCUACUGGACGGAGCAGAGGGUCCUUUCAGUGAAGGCAAGAGCAAAAGAACUGGACCACGUCGCUUUUGUCCCAUCUUUCUGUAACUGCGUUCAAGAUGAGUUGAGGAGGAAACUGGCUGCGGAGAGGAGGGGCAUUCAUUUGAAGGAAGGCUUAAAUAGUUUGUACAGACUAUUCAUUAUCCAGGAAUCAUCUGAGUGUUGGGAGUCACCUUCAGUAGAAUGGCAAAAGCAACAACUAUUAAGGAAGCUCUAGCUAAAUGGGAAGAAAAAAAUGGCCAGAAACCAUCAGAGGCUAAGGAAGUAAAACUUUAUGCACAGAUUCCUCCUAUAGAGAAGAUGGAUGCAUCUCUUUCUUCUCUUGUUAACUGCGAAAAGCUGUCCUUAUCUACAAACUGCAUUGAAAAAAUCGCCAACCUGAAUGCGCUGAAAAACUUGCGGAUUUUGUCUUUGGGAAGAAAUAACAUAAAGAAUCUUAACGGUCUGGAGGCAGUUGGAGAUACGUUAGAGGAGUUAUGGAUAUCUUACAACCUGAUUGAAAAAUUGAAAGGACUUCAUGUGAUGAAGAAGUUGAAGAUUCUCUAUAUGUCCAAUAAUCUAGUAAAAGAUUGGGCAGAAUUUGUGAGACUGGCAGACUUACCAUUACUGGAGGAUCUGGUUUUUGUAGGCAAUCCCUUGGAAGAGAAAUACUCCGCUGACUCACAGAGUGCUUGGGUUGAGGAAGCAACCAAGCGAGUGCCCAGACUGAAGAAACUUGAUGGUAUCCCAGUUAUUAAACAGGAGGAAGGUGAAGAAGGAGAAAACUAGCACAACUCUUCUUUCGUCUCUGUUAAAUUAUUGAUGUAUCUCCAGCAUUCUCCAGUAUGUGAAACUUUUGUAUAAAUUUGUCUUUGAAGAAGAUCUAGGGCAUCAUUUUUAACUGGCUUAUCCCCAUGUUGUUCUUUUUCAUCCAAAGAGUUAUUUUCAAAACUGGGGCUACAAAUGAAUCUGCUGUCCUUCACUUUUUUUUUCCUUAGGAGAUUUAUCUUUUUGUUAAUAAGCAAUUCUUGCAAGAAUGGAUUUAUUUUAUUUUCUAAAAACUUAUGUUUCAGUCUUCCUAAUUAUGAACAUAUUUUCUAUAGCAUUUGUUCAUCAGACUUUUUUAAUUAUUUGAAAAGUUGGGGGCGGGGGUAGGAGCAACAUUUUGUAUUAAAUUUGUGUGUUUGUGUCUGUGCUGAAUCUGAUGUCUCGUUUCUAAAGAAAGGAUCUGAAAACCAUCAUGCUGUAAAUGUUUCACACAGUCUCAUCUUUUCCCUUCCACCUGUUAAACUAUAGCCAUAUAGGUGUUGGUGUCAGUUUUGCCUGCUACAAAAGGGAUUUUACGACACAAAUAAAAAACAUGUUGCUAGUAGAAAACCCCAAACUCCCCAUGUUGAGAUGCUUGAAUUAUAACAUUCUGGGAGUCAUUUAUUUUUUUAUGUACAGUAUUAGGUGAAAGCAAUGUAUUUAUUUUAGAUGAGUUGCUUCUUUCCUAAGCAUUGGUUUGAUUUGAUGCACUGGUUUGUGUUUUCUUUUACAUACUGUGUUUUAAGGAACAAGAGACUUUACAGCUGAACAACAGUUUAUGCUGUUGCUGUGAAUGUUCCUGAAUGGCCAAGUCUUUUUUCACUCUGGAAUCUGAUUGUAAUCUAAGGAGGGGAAGCAGUUGUCUAAAGAGGUCUAAGCUUGCAGCUUAGCUGGAAAUCAGUUUUGGUUUCAGAGUUCAGUUUUGGAUAAAUCACAACUGAAAAAACUGAAGUUCAUAAAGAGAGGAAAGUAGUUAGAAUUAACAAAACUUGAGGAUUGAGUCUCUUGUUGGUCUCGAAGGGGCCACUGAACUCAAAUCCUGCUAUUCUACUGCAGACUAACACAGCUAUCCACCUAAAACUUGAGGAGCUCUCUGGUCACAUGCAAUAUAUUUUUUGAGUAAAUAUAUCCCAAUAGAUGUCUUAUUUGGAUUAUGGAUUUUUUUGAAACCUGUUCUGAAAGAGUAAUGGGGUAAUGCUGUUUUCCAUAUACAACUUUUAACUAGGGAUGUGCAGUUCGGGAGUCCAGUUAGGAAAAAAUGUCUGAAUCGGACCUAAUCCAUGAAGAUUUGGGUUUUCUGAAAUCCCAAAUCAAAGCUUUCUGAAGCAUUUGUAAUGCUUCGGAAAA